AUGGUAUGCCAAAGAGAAGAAAGAGAACAACCAGAAUCACGUGAAGCCAGACGUAUCGAAAGGGAAGAAAGAAAGAAAGAGAGGGCAGCUUUACGUGCUGAAAAGAGGGCUAAGAAAUCAGAGAGGGCUGAAAGGGGAUCUGAAAGGGGAAACAAUCGUUCUUCUGAGAGGGUUAAGGAUAACACUACAAUCAUUGAAGGGGUUCAAAAUAUUGAACUGGACAAGAAAUCGGAACCAAAGGAAAAGGUAUUGGAGAAGCAUUCAAAGAGAUCAAAAGAGAGAUAUGAAAAGAAUUCCAUUCGAAAGUUAAUCAAUCAAGUAUUAAAGGGAUAUGAGAAGGGUUCCAGUAUUACAGUUGAAGAUAUCCUUAACAAAUCUAUUGAUCUCCAAACUCAGAAGAUUAGAACUUAUUUCAAAAAUGAUUUCCAUAAUCAAUUCUUUUGUUUGUUAUUAUUCUACUUUUUGAAUGUAAAAAACUUAGCUGAUAUAUAUAUGAAUUUUUACAAGGUUACCCAAGAUAAUCAAUAUUUUAACAAUGAGAUACAAGUAACUCUUAAUGGUCGUGAAACCAAAAGAAAGAUGGAUCAACCAUUAUUUGGAGAGCAAAGAAAGCAAACACAGGUUUACGUUGUUUACAUAUUACAACCAUCAUUUGAUUUGAAAAUGUUGGUUUUUUCAUUGGCAAUUGGUGUAUUUUUUGGAAUUAAACAACCCAGAGAUUUCGUUUUAGUUGUCACACUGCUUGUUAUAUUGAUCUCAACUGGUUUGUUGGUACGUUGGUGGAGAGACAGAGAUGAUGUCAUCCAUCCAAAAUUCAAAUACUUGUUAGCACUUCUCAUUUUAUCGACCAUUCUCGCUGGUAUCUCUGUUAAUAUUUACGCAUGGCAAAAGGCACCUCUUCCACAACCAAAAUGGUAA